AUGCUGGACCAAACUGUUGACCUACUAAAGAACGACCUGUUUAAUUUACCCUUUACGGGUGCUCUUGGAUGGAAACAAGGUGAUGAAGAAUCAAAAUGGGCUCAGAAGGCUAUCGAAACACUUGUGAAGAAACUUAAAAAGCGGAAAGGUGUGGUCGAUAGGUUGCAAUACGCACUCUCCCACCCUGGUGAACCCAGUGAAUGCGUUUCUCAUAGAAAAGGAUUUCCGCACGUUAUUUAUUGUCGAGUUUGGCGCUGGCCAGACCUUCAGAGUCAUCACGAAUUGAAGUCACUUGAGUGUUGCCAGUUUCCCUUUGAUUCAAAGCAGAAGGAGAUUUGCAUCAACCCCUAUCAUUACAAGCGUGUUGACUAUCCUGUUUUGCCGCCUGUUCUCGUCCCUCGUCAAAGUGAAUAUCCAACGAUUAAAGAAGGUCAAACGGCCUCUACUUUUGAUUUCGCUGAUCGUAAGUCACUCGCCAAAUACAUUUUAUUGCAAAAAUCUCAUUUCCUUGCUUUUUCCGUUCUUAUUCCACAAUCAAUCAUUCUAAACUGUUUCUCUAUUUCUCUUAACCAUAUAGCUCAGAGUAUUCCUUACCAGGAGCCAAGGUACUGGUGUACCGUUGUGUACUACGAAAUGAAUACUCGUGUUGGUGAGGCUUACUUCGCCUCAUCACCCAGCGUUCUUGUUGAUGGAUUUACAAACCCAUCUAAAACAUCGGACCGGUUUUCAUUGGGCAUUCUUUCUAACAUUAAUCGCACUCCUGUCGUGGAGAAUACGCGGAAGCAGAUUGGCAAAGGAAUCCACCUCUAUACAGUAGCAGGCGAUACUUUCAUUGAGUGCCUUUCAGAUAGCAGCGUUUUUGUUCAGUCUCGCCUUUGCAAUGAGAGCCAUGGGUUUCAUCCAACAACCGUGGUCAAAAUACCCCCAGGAUGUUCUCUCAAAGUUUUUUCGAACAGCGAGUUCGCACGUGUGCUGCACCAAACCGUAUCCCUGGGGGUAGAAGCAGUCUACGACAUUGUUAAAGUAUGCACUCUUCGUUUGAGCUUCGUUAAGGGCUGGGGUGCAGAAUACCACCGUCAGGAUGUCACUUCAACGCCCUGCUGGGCCGAGAUACACCUCCGAGGUCCGCUGUUCUGGCUUGAUCGAGUUCUGCGUCAGAUGGGUCCUUCGCCGAAUCCAGUGUCUUCUGUCUCCUAA